AGCUGGCAAGUGAAGGCAGCCUGAAUCCAGUGAGCCGUUCACGGUCUCUUCUGCCCGUCCGACCCCCCUCCGGUGCUGACCGAUGGUACGGUCUCUGGCAAUCAGCACGUUCACGCCGUUAAUGCACGGUGCCGGUAGGGAAAGGGGGGUUGGUCGACCGGGACCAUCCCCGUGAGAAGCUCUCAGCUCUCGGAAGGAGGGAUGAGGGAGGACGCAGCACAGGAAAACACUCUACAAUCGCCGUCAAUUAGCGCCGAGUUAUUCCUGCCUUCAAUGACGAGGACGUGAGAUGUGUUUACUGGGUGCAGGAAUAUACAAAGAUUGCGUCGCUGGUUACUAACGUUAACUAAUGGUCACUAACAUGGAUGCUGAUGUGCCUACCUCCUUAGGCCGGCCGGAAAAAUGGGUGUUUUUUGAUGAUUUUCUGGCAGUUGCACGCCUCGUUUCUUUUUGGGAUUAAUCUGUAGACUGUGAUUUUUUUCCCUGCCUUUUGGAGCCGGUUUUUGUGUGGGAGCCUCAAAGGGAGCGUUUGUUUGCAAGAUGACAGAGGGGAGGCGAUGUCAGGUCCAUCUCCUGGACGACAGGAAGCUGGAGCUCCUUGUACAGCCCAAGCUCAUGGCAAAGGACUUGCUGGACCUGGUGGCAUCUCACUUCAACCUCAAGGAAAAAGAGUACUUUGGAAUCGCAUACACAGAUGAAACGGGCCAUUUUAGUUGGCUACAGUUGGACCGCAGAGUACUAGAACACGAAUUCCCUAAGAAGUCCGGUCCCAUUGUUCUCUACUUCUGUGUCAGGUUCUACAUUGAAAGUAUAUCCUAUUUGAAGGACAAUGCCACCAUUGAGCUGUUUUUCCUUAAUGCCAAGUCCAUCAUCUACAAGGAGCUUAUUGAAGUGGACAGUGACGUUGUCUUUGAAUUGGCUUCCUAUAUUCUACAAGAGGCUAAAGGUGAUUUCACCAGUAAUGAUGCAACCAGGUCUGACCUGAAAAAGCUGCCUGCUCUGCCCACCCAGGCCCUAAAGGAGCACCCUUCUCUGGCCUACUGUGAAGACCGGGUCAUAGAGCAUUACAAGAAGCUCAGUGGGCAGUCCAGAGGGCAAGCAAUUGUUAAUUAUAUGAGCAUUGUAGAAUCUCUGCCCACAUAUGGAGUACAUUACUAUGCUGUAAAGGAUAAACAGGGGAUCCCGUGGUGGCUGGGUCUGAGCUAUAAAGGCAUCUUCCAGUAUGACCACCAGGACAAAGUCAAGCCCAGGAAGGUGUUUCAAUGGCGUCAGCUAGAGAAUCUCUACUUCAGAGAGAAGAAGUUUUCAGUGGAAGUUCAUGACCCCAGGAGUAGGGCGUCGGUGACAAGAAGGACGUUUGGUCACAGUGGCAUCGCUGUGCAUACCUGGUACGCCUGUCCUGCCCUCAUCAAGUCCAUCUGGGCCAUGGCCAUCAGCCAACACCAGUUCUACCUGGACCGCAAGCAGAGCAAGUCUAAAAUUCACGCAGCACGGAGUUUAAGUGAGAUUGCGAUAGACCUCACGGAAACAGGAACUCUGAAGACUUCUAAACUGGCCAACAUGGGCAGCAAGGGCAAAAUAAUCAGUGGCAGCAGUGGCAGUCUACUCUCCUCAGGUUCUCAGGAAUCGGACAGCUCCCAGACUGCUAAGAAGGACAUGCUGGCAGCGCUUAGGGCCAGGCAGGAAGCUCUGGAGGAAACGCUAAGACAGAGAAUAGAAGAACUCAAGUCCAUCUGCAUCAGAGAGGCGGAGUUGACAGGAAAGCUUCCUAAGGAAUAUCCUCUAGAUCCUGGAGAGGAGCCCCCCACAGUGAGACGGAAGAUUGGUACCGCCUUCAAACUAGAUGAGCAGAAAAUCCUUCCUAAGGGAGAGGAAGAGGAGCUGGAGCGUCUGGAGCGAGAGUUUGCCAUCCAGUCACAGAUUACAGAGGCAGCCAGGCGUCUUGCCAGCGAUCCUCACGUGAGCAGUAAGAAGCUGAAGAAACAGAGGAAGACUUCCUAUCUGAAUGCACUGAAGAAGCUCCAGGAAAUAGAAAACUCAAUCAAUGAGUACCGGGUCCGCUCUGGCAAGAAACCUACACAGAGGGCAUCACUUAUCAUAGAAGAGGCAAAUAUUGGUUCUGAAGACAGCUCGCUGUCUGACGCACUGGUCUUGGAUGAUGAUGAUCCUCAAGUUACAGGUACUCCCAACUUCUCUCCAGUAGCAUCGCCUCACAAGGGCCUUCCUCCUCGGCCACCGUCUCACAGUCGGCCUCCUCCACCACAGUCCCUGGAUGGCCUGCGACACCUACACUACACACGUACCGACUAUGAUAAAUCGCCCAUCAAACCCAAGAUGUGGAGUGAAUCAUCACUGGAUGAACCCUACGAAAAAGUCAAGAAGCGUUCGUCACACUCCAGUCACAGGCGUUUCCCAAGCUCUGGCAGCGCAGAAGCAGGUGGUAGCAACUCUCUCCAGAGCAGCCCCAUCAGGAACCCUCCCCACUGGAGCUCCCAGUCCAGCAUGCCGUCAACCCCAGACUUGAGAACCAGGGCCCCACACUACGUACAUUCCACUAGGUCAGUGGACAUUAGUCCCACACGUCUGCACAGUCUCGCUCAGCACUUUAGGAACCGCAGUUCUAGCCUUGAGUCCCAAGGCAAACUGUUGGCACCCGACCAUGACGCACACCCGCACAACCUGGGCACACUUGGCAGCCCUGACUUCUUUCUCGGGCCAGGACGUAGCUCCAAUGGCUCUGACCCUCUGGAUGACUGCUCAUCCUGCACCAGCCAGAGCAGCUCAGAGCAUUACUAUCCAUCUGGUGGACCCUUGGCCCCGGGCAGCAAUCCCAACUACUCUACUCUGGGAGAGGACUCACCCUCCAAAGCCAGGCAGAGACAGAGGCAAAGGCACAGGUCUGCAGGUCACCUGGGUUCCUCCAACUCUGGCUCGAUGCCAAACCUGGCAGCUAAGAAUGGCUCUGGUGGAGGCUCCGGUGGAAGUGGGGUAGGAGGGGGGCACCAUGGUGUCUACCUCCACAGUCAGAGUCAGCCAUCCUCCCAGUAUCGCAUUAAGGAGUACCCACUGUAUGUGGAGGGCAGCCCCAACCCCGUGGUGGUGCGGAGCCUGGAGAGCGAUCAGGAGGGCCACUACAGUGUAAAGGCCCAGUUCAAAACCUCCAGCUCCUACACAGCCGGAGGACUUUACAAGGAGGCCUGGGGGGGAGAGGAGGGAGGAGAGGGGAGCGGUCGACUCACGCCAUCUCGCUCCCAGAUCGUACGGACUCCGUCAUUGGGGCGCGAGGGUGGUGGAAGCGGAGGGGGGAGGGCAGCAGUGUCUGAGGAGUUACGGUGCUGGUACCAGAGGUCCUCAGGCAGCCUGAAGGAAAGGAGUCACUCACACUCGGGUUCCGCCUCCUCUGAGACAGGGUCGCAGCAAGGGACUCUGGGACAUGGUCGAGGGAGCAGGGUAGGAACACUCGCCAAGGGCUCACCAGCUGCGUCCCCUCACAGCCAGAGGAGUAUGACGCCCUCCAGUGAACACGCAGCCACACCCACACCUCCUUGUAGCCCACAGCACAUCCUCAACUGGCAGAGCGGGUCUUUCAGUGACAGCUGUUUUCUCAGCAGUCCUCUGUGUUCAGAGCUGGCAGAUGUGCAGUGGUACGGACACGACAAGGCAAAACCUGGAACCCUGGUCUGAGACCUUCUUAUAGGGCCCAGAAAAGUCCCAUUGCCCUCUCCUACUGCCUCUCCACUGUCCCUCACUACUACCCAUUGACAACCGAUAACCUCAUCCUUAAGGCCCUGCAAAUACUCUGCCCCGACGGGACUGGCAGACUGGAUUUGAGCCCCUCCCUCACCCCUUCCACCACCCCCCCAAACCUGCCCUCGAUCCAUUUCUUUAUCAUGCCCCCUCUAUCACAGCUCAGCUGGACAGGGACACACUCGCUGGGCUCUGGUAAGGGCUAAUAUCACAGGACAGACUCAGAAGUGCCACCUCAGAUGUUAAACUUUCGCCCUGCAGCACCACAGAGCUCUUUAUUUACUCACCCACAGCACACAUGCAAUUGGGCAAAAAAAGGGGGGGAUGGAACGAAUGGCAGAGAGCACAGAAGAAUACACACACAACUCGACAAAACCACAUCAUCAACCCCAGGAUCUAUUUCAUAUCUCACCUAUCCUAUAACUCCAGUGCACUGCCACCCAAUCUGAGAAUACCUGCUGGAUUUGAGCCACCAGUUCACAACUAUUUCAAAGCCUAAAUGAACUUAUGUUGGAUUUCAUCAUUCCCAUUGUUGUCGCUUGUCUGUUUUUUUUUUUGUUUUGUUUUAGUUUUUGUUUUUUUGUCUUAAUUCCCCCCUUUUAUAUUUAUAAAAAAAGGACAAAAUUACAUAUAAGAUGACUUUUUCAAAAAGAAAUAUGAAUUAACCUACAAACAAACACUAAGAUGACAAACUCCUCUCAGUUUAUCCCACAACCAAAGACAACUACUGGAUCGACUGGUCACACCAGGGGUCUCUGGGCCCCUGAAAAGUGACAAAAGUCAAUCAACUGUGUGAGGGAGCAACAAUAUCAGGAAGGUUUCUGGGACACUGUCUGGAAUAUUGACGAGGACUAUAGCAAUAACAAACAUUGUUAAAGUAUCCUAACUGGUUUGAAGACAGCUUUUUCCCCCUGCGCUCUGCCUGGUGACUUUUGAAGAAGGGAUUAUUAGUGCAUCAUAGGAAGAAUUUGAAGUUGCGGUUUCUGGGUUUGGCAUUAACCUGUGCUUACUGCAGUGACAUCAUUCAUGUUCAAUUAAUGUCUUUGGUCUUCAUAAGAUUUCUCUGUCCACGUGAGUUUACUUGUCAACAUAGUGGGUCGUGAGCCAGACUCGAGCCAGGGUGUGAGCAGUUGGGAAUCAAGAAUCAAGACGUUCUGAUUUAAACAGAACGUUCAUCCUGAAAGUAAAAGAGGGUAUUAUGAUGACGCUCUUUAACAUUUAGACGUCUGCACUGAAUCAUGUUUCUGUCAGUAAUGUCCUCCCCUCUGCUUUCGUCUUUGCUCCGUAGUGGUCUCACCAUGCUGGGUAAUCUGUCAGUCCCUUUGUAGCUCCGUGUUUUCAUCUGCCUGUCCAUCUGUCCAGUACGACAGGAGCAUCCCGACUGAACACACAAAGUCUGUCUUUAUUCACUGAUAGCCAGAACACACACAUUGACAGACACGUAGUUUUAUGGGCACACAUAAAUACUGUUUUAUCAGUGCCAAACAUGUUGGUGCUUGUACUGAAACAGACACUCCUUUAAGACCUCCUCAGAGCCCACCGUCUAUAGCCAUUAUAUUAAACAGCAGCAGAGAAGAUGAAGAGACUGAUCAUUUGGAUUCAGGUGGAGUUUAUGAAGAUGUUAUUUAAACAUACUUUAAACUUAAAGCACAACAGUGACAGUAUCGAUGAGGGCUGGUCUCAAUGUGUUAAUGAGUGAAAAAAAAAAAAAAAAAGCUGGAAAACACACAGAACCACUUCAGCCAAGGUGUUAAAUGACAGUGAUCUUUUAAGCAGUGUAUGGACUUAUGAAUUUGAAGCUGACAAUAAUGAUUAUCCCUCUGUCAGGACAGAGGAGAAGCCAUAGCAGAACUGAGACGAACCCUCUAAAAUAAAGAAAAAAACUAACAAUCAGAUUCACAACAGGGUUAGAAAAGCACAUUUGGUUUUGUAUGAAGGAAGUUUAACUCUGCAUGCUUUUGCUCUCUUUGACUCAUUUCCCCCGUCUUUCCCCUCAGAAUUAUUGUUUACCAUUGUUCUUAUGCACAAAAUGGGACUUCAGUAGAUGUUAAGUUUAUGACAGAUUUUAAACCUCAGCGAUAUUGAGAAUUAGACGUGUUUCACUCUCAGAGCGCCAGUGUGACUGGAUAAAUGGGUGAACUAUACUGUGUAACAUGGGAGGAAUGGUACGUGUUUUACCUUUACUGUCUAUUUCGUGUGUUUCCCUCAUGAACUGACGUCACUUGUAAAUCUGCAACCCUUGGCUGUUUAAUGAGAAGGAUUCAGCCGGUUUUCUAAAUGUUAUACAUCCAUACUCAGUGACAGAGUCCUUACCCGGGUAUGGGACCAGCGCCCCUGGAUUCUCUAGUCUAUUAGAGGACAGGUUUGACUCUGCCUGUGGUUUGACACUCCCAUGCAUGCUCUGCAGAUCCAGUGACGAAUUAAGACCCCAAAGACACCCAGCAUCGGAAUUUAAUGUGCUGACAUGGCACGUCUUGCUACAUAGUGUUGCCCUGCCCCCACCAAAAAUCCCAUUUUGACCAUGUGUUAACCUCUGACCUCUGAGCCCUGUGUGAUAAAGUGUGAUGUCCCCUGCUUCUGAUCCAAACAUACCACAUUUUCUGUGCUCCAUAGAAAUGUAUGAGGUUUUUGUAUUAACUCCAACAGAAACAAACCCUUUUAUCAGUCUUUUCCCGUAUGUUCAGAGGGGCACUGUAAGGUUUUGUGGGGUUUUUAACAUUCACAUCCAUUGUUUUAACAAUGUUCCAUUUUAUAUGAACCAGUAUUGUUUUUUUUCAGUUCUGACAUUGUAACAACCCUUUCAGGUGCUACAAAAUGACCAGUACUGCUUUGUCACGUAGGAUCUAGACAUCUCUUCAUUGUUAUCAAUAGAUUCAAUACCAGAUGUGCAAAAUGAAGCUUAUUUUAACAGACAGUUUAAUAGUAGAACGCCACACCUACCAGACAAUAGAGCAUGUAACUUGAUUUUAUCAGUUCUGUUCAACUGUAAUCAGAAAUUAAAGUUGUUGUAGAAAAAAAAAUGUGGAGUUGAAAAAAAUAACUGAAUUCCACAGUUAAUUUAUUCUUUUUUCUAUUAAGAAUUUGUAUAGUAACUUUACAUUUUUCAAAACCGUGUUGUUGGAAAUUGAUGAAUUUUCCAGAUGAGAAACCGUGGUGGUUCUUGAGAUUAUGAAAAAUAAAUUAUUGAUGAAUGUUCUCA